UGUUUGGCCGUCAAAAUCCGGGACGUCAGUUCUCUCACGUUCUCUCCAUACAUCAUCACUCUCCUCGAUCCAGACUCUGAAUCGGAAACUCGCGGAUGUGAAUCAGUGUUUGUGGAGAAUAUUUGAUUUCGAGAGGAGAUGAUGGCUUCGGAUCCAAAACUGAAGGCUGAGAUAGGUCCCGAUGGAUUAGCAAGAGAAGCUCCUGUUAUUGCUUACACAGAGAAGAUAAUCGAGGAAGAGCAACUUCAGUUGAGGAAAUACAUUGAGGAGAACUAUUCAAAGAUAAGGGAUGUGGAAAGGGAAUUUGGAAACCUCACCUUGGAAAUGAAACUCACUGCUGGUCCUAAGAAAGCUGCAUUGGAGCACUUGAGAAAGAAAAUUGAAGUCUGUACUGAAAAGAUCCAUGCUGCUAAGUUGAAAGAAGAUGAAGCCAGAAAGGCAUAUGAAGCAGCAUCAAAACUUGUCAAGGAUGAAGAAGCAAUAAAGCAGAGCCUUUGCGAUGAUUUAAACCGCCUGGUUCAAGAAAGCAGCAAUACUCAGUACGCCAGACUUGAGGAACUGAAAAGAAGACUAGAGGCGCUAAAUCCAAACAGAUCAUCUACUUCUGUUCAGCAAGUCCAUGAACCGGAGAUUAAAUCUGUAGCCGACAGCUCAGCAGCAGCAGCCAAUGCUAAUCAGACUCACCCGGACAAACAAGAAAAUAAUCACGGGAAGGAAGAGGGAGGUAAAGAACAAGGACAGAGGCCUCCUGAUGGAGAAUCAAAAGCGAAAAAGAAACCACAGAUUCAAGGAAGGGGAAGAGGGAUUGGAAUCAUGAACAAAGGCAGAGGAGGUUGGACAGGUGCUGGAUUCGAUGUGGAUGGUAGAAACUGAAAAAAGUUGGAAUAUAUAAUAUUACAAUACACACAUCCAAAAAGCUGCAUAUGUUGUUGCCAGGUAAUGUCUCUUAAUCAUUUAAAUCGAUGGACUUGUAGCUACAGAGACCCUCUUAUUUACUCGUAUGUGUUUACUGAAAAGAAACACCAUUCAUUCACAUUUGGCUUUGUUUAAUUCAAUCAUCUUGAGUUUAGGUCUCUA